ACAGCGGCAGAUGACAGCGAGUUGUUGCGCUCGUAAACAUCGCUAACAGAAGGAACCCAGACGCUUCACACAAAAAACAAAAAAACUUUCUGUGCAAUUUGACCACUAUUGUCGACUAAAAUGUCGAAGAAACAGAUUUACUAUUCUGACAAAUACACCGAUGAUGACUUCGAGUACAGGCAUGUCGUACUUCCAAAGCAGCUGUCUAAACUGGUACCCUCCUCCCACCUGAUGACAGAGGACGAGUGGAGAGGACUCGGGGUCCAACAGAGUCAGGGCUGGAUUCACUAUAUGAUCCACAAACCAGAGCCACACAUACUGCUUUUCAGAAGACCACUCCCCAAGGAUUAACUGGAGUGAAGCACCUGUAAUAUAACUGCUAUCGUUUGGCUUUUUCUUAUUGUCUUUGAACAAUACAUCUCUGUCCACAUUCUGUACAUCACCAUAUUUCCUAAUUUAUAGUUUAGGAAAACCCCUAGUGUUAUUGUGAUUUGUUCUUUCAAACUCCCUCAGUUUUUAGAGGCAGUGAGAGGCAAAUAGUCUGAUUCCACUGUGAAUUCUAUGAACAAUAUAAAAGUGAACACGGCACCUGUCAAUUGUACACAUAAAUACAUGUUUUAAAUGUCUUGUUGCAUUGUUAAGAUUGAUUUUAUUUACUGACUGGUCAUACAGACAUGAAUUUUUAUUUUUCUUAAACUUACAAUUUUCCUCUGUUUAAACAUUUACUGUUCCUUAUCCUUGUUUUCUGUACAUAUAUGAUUUCUAGUUAUUUUCAGCAACAAGUCACUAUUGAUUCAAAGAGUCCUGUGCUGCUGGAAAAAUAAAAUGUAC